AUAUUUUUAAAUUAAAUGAAUUCUUGCGAACAUUCGAGAAAAGGUGAUCAAGCCUCAGGUGCAGGUAUUGUGUGUUGUGGUCAGGAGUCUCAAGAGGCAGUGGUCAGUGUGGUACUCUGCCUCAGUUUAACUAUGGCACUGUAUCGGAUAUUUGAGUGGUCCCUCCUACAAACGAGGACCCGUUUCUUGCACACAUCAUCAAGUGGAUUAAUCAAACAAAGUAAUUUUGCAGAAGAUAUUGACCCACAGCAAUAUGCUCUUCUUGAUGAGCCUUGUAUUCUGGUUGAUGAGAAUGACACCAACAUUGGCACAGCUUCUAAACGUGACUGUCAUUUGAUGCAGAAUGGAUCAAGCCUUCUUCAUAGAGCCUUUAGUGUUUUUCUCUUCAAUAAAACCGGUGAACUUCUGGUGCAUCGCCGCUCUGAUGCCAAGAUAACAUUUCCAGGUCAUUAUACAAAUACCUGCUGCUCCCACCCACUACACACUCCACAGGAAACUAUUGAAGACAACGUGUGGGGUAUCAGACACGCUGCUCAGAGACGCUUAGAAUUUGAGUUGGGUAUACCUCGUGAACAAGCAAUGCCAGGGGAUUUUACUUACUUGACCAGGAUUCAUUAUGCUAGUCCAUCAGAUGGAAUGUGGGGAGAACAUGAAAUGGAUUACAUUUUAUUUCUACAGAGAGAUGUGUCAGUUAACCCAAAUGAGAAUGAGGUGCAAGAUGUCAGAUACGUGAAGAGAGAGGACUUCAAUAUUUUUUUAAAGGGGUUGAGGGAUAGCAAUAUUCCCAUCACACCUUGGUUCAGUCUCAUUGCAGAAAAGUUUCUCCCAUUAUGGUGGAAGAACUUAGACAAUCUUCACAAGUUUACAGAUCAUAACCAAAUACAUAGGAUGCUUAAAUAAUAUACUUGACUUCUAGAACUGUGUCUGCAAAAACAUAUUGAUCCCUGUAAUCUCAAAUCCAGCAUAAAAAUACUUCUAAUUACACAACUAAGAUCAAUAUAUUUUUGCGGAACUAUUUCUGUUACCAACUUUAAGGUAAUUAAUUUAAAAUACAGUAGUAAUAAUAAUUUUAAAUAAAAAAAAAGUUUUUUCUUAUUACCCCACAGACCUGUAGAUAUCUUGUAAAUUAAAGAAAUACCGGGUAUAUUCUUAAAUUGUGCCAUGAAGCAAUAAAUUUGUCCUGUUUUUUCCAGUGUGAACAACUAAUUUUUAAAUAUACAAAAUUAUUAAUGAAUGCAGUACAGUAGAAUCCUGGUUAUCUUGGAGUCCAGGAAAGGGAUGCACUAGCAUCUGACUCAAUUCUGCCUCAACAGCUCACAUAACUCAAAAUCAUAAGUGGGGGCUAAGUGAAAACUUAAGUUUGCAUGCUGAAAACAAAUUUACGAUUGUUGUUGCGUGGCUAAGACUUUAAGUAAUUCUGCUGUGUCAGCUGACAUCAUUCAACCAAUCAGAAUGCACGUUACAAAUAUUUUUGUCCCAUUAGCCAAUCAGUGGAUGUUAUGAUGCAAUAGCACUAAAUUUGAAUGUCUAUGGGGACCACAUUCUCCACAAUGCUACAGCCAUACAAUAUUAGCUGCAAAUCAACAAAAUCACAACUGAGGUUUAUUUAUUCCUUUAUUUAUUAUUUACUUUCUUACUUUCUCUUUUUUUAUAUACAGGAUUAGCACACCAUGGCACAGGUCAAUGACCCACAUCAGGG